AUGGCUGGCAAAUUCGAGCCCAAAACCCCUGUCGUCCUCGCGCCCCCAAAGGACGACCCAAUAUCCGUCUCAACCCUCGCAACCUGUGACGGCAUUACGAGUGAAAAAUGCUACGUAGCAAUCAAGGGAAAAGUCUUUGAUGUAACGGGCAACAAGAUGUAUCUUCAAGGUGGUUCCUAUCAUGUAUUCGCAGGCCACGACGCCUCCCGCGCCCUCGCCCUAACAUCCACCAAAGCCGAGGACGUAAAGCCCGAAUGGCAGGAUCUAGAAGACGACAAGAAGAAGGUGCUCGAUGAUUGGAUGACCUUUUUCUCGAAGCGCUAUAACGUUGUGGGCCUUGUUGAGGGAUCUACGAAUCAAUAA